CUAAAAAUUCAUUCCGAAGUGAACAGGCAAACAGUGCGGAUGCAUCGCAGAAUGCAAUUCAAUUUUUUUUAAAUUACCAAGUCGAUUUUGAGUUCUAGUUCUAUAAACAUUAUUAGAAAAUAAAAAUAGCACAAUUUUUCAAAUCAACAUGACUAGCCAGCAUAAUUUGAAUCAUUAUUUCGAUUUCGUAAUGAAAUUGACGAUCGACUCCGCGAAGGUCAUUAGAGACGCCAUUCAAGGUGGAAAAACGAUUGAAACGAAGGCUGGAGAUUGGGAUCUUGUAACGCAAUAUGAUCGCAAGGUCGAGGAAAUUCUCAUAGACGGAUUAGCCAAGGAAUUUCCCACACAUAAAUUCAUUGGCGAGGAAACGGUUUCGUCGAGCAAACAUCUUCCGGAUUUGACGGAAGCUCCAACGUGGAUAAUUGAUCCUAUUGACGGGACAACAAAUUUUGUUCAUUCAUUUCCACACACAUGCAUUUCGAUCGCGUUAGCUAUCAACAAGGAGUUGGAAAUCGGUAUUGUUUACAACCCCGUUCUGGAACAAUUGUUCACGGCAAGACGCGGACGAGGUGCUUUUCUCAAUGGGAAGUCGAUAAGAAGUUCUUCGGUCGAAGAACUUGCCAGUUCCUUGAUAUGUAUCGAGGCUUCCUACGCCACAAUAGUUGAAAUUCGAGAUAUUAUACUUGGGAGAUUGGAAGCUUUCGUUUCGAUCGCUCACGGGAUUAGAACCCUUGGAUCAGCAGCCCUAACGUUGUGCCACGUUGCAAUGGGUGCGGCAGAAGCUUACCACACCGACAACCUCAUGCCCUGGGACGUAGCAGCAGGCACACUCAUCAUUCAGGAAGCUGGCGGAGUUGUCAUUGAUACCAAUGGUGGAAGAUUUGACCUAAUGAGUCCCAAAGUCCUGGCAGUCGGAAAUCACAAAUUGGCUCACGAAUUAGUCAAGCUAAUAAAGCACGCGGACAUCAAGACACACCAGAAGAGACUGCAAAGCAUUCAGGCUUCGUAGUUCGAUACUUCUAAUUUUCGAGCAGCAUCACGUAUCGUUAGUGUAGUGAUGACUACUGCGUUAGCGAGCCUUGAUCUCAGAUAUUCCCAACAACGCAUAAUUAGACCCCCGUAACUUCAUUAACGAUGAACUAUCGAACAAAUUUUUACCCACUUAUCAAAUUAUACGGUAUUAUCACGUCAGGGGACAUUUAUUAUUAUAUUCUUAAUUAUUGUUACUAUUACUCGUAAAUAUUUAUGAUUAUUGUAAAAUAUAAUUCAUUAAGAAAAUAUAAUACAAUCCUUCAAUAUGGGAGCUAAUGAUGUAUGAUAACUCAACAAAUCUAUGCAACCGUGAUAAUGAAAUGUUCGGCUUUGUGUGAACAGUGUCCUCGUUCAGUGUUCACUAUAACUAUUGAGAAAUAGUUAAUUACGAAGUGUUUUUACCAUGAUCAUAUUCACAAAAAAACAUUCCAAUCGAUAUCAUAUAUUGCUGCCUUUUUUCACAAAUAUAAGUAAAAAAAGUAUGCCUUCAGAUAAUGUAAUAUUGAAAUAAACAGAUUAGCACUACA